AUGAAUGAUUAUGAUGUAGGCCAGUAUAUGGGAUUUUCUGAACCCACAUUGCCAUACCUGAGUCCUGAAUUGAUCGGACAAAAGCUAUUACUUGGAGCCAAUUUUGCUUCGGCGGGAAUCGGAGUCCUGAAUGACACCGGCGUUCAAUUUGUUGGGAUAUUAAGAAUGUUUCAACAGUUUUCAAUGUUUGAGCAGUACAAACAAAGAUUGAGUGUAGAAGCAGGGGCUAAUGAAGCAAAUAGAAUCGUGAGUGGAGCAUUGGUACUCAUAACACUUGGUGGUAAUGACUUUGUCAACAACUAUUUUCUCACUCCAGUUUCUGCUAGGUCUCGUCAAUUCACCGUGCCACAAUUCUGCACCUAUGUCAUCUCCGAGUAUCGAAAUAUUCUUAUGAGGUUGGUUGAGUUGGGAGCUAGGAGGGUGAUUGUGACAGGAGUUGGUCCAUUAGGGUGUCUUCCAUCUCAGCUUGCUACAAGAAGCAUAAAUGGAGAGUGUGUAAAAGAAAUACAACAAGCUUCUCAAAUUUUCAAUCCACUUCUAAUUGAAAUGACUAAGGAUCUCAACACCAAACUUGGCUCUGAUGUGUUUAUUGUUGCCAAUGCUUAUCAAAUGAACAUGAAUUUCAUCACCAACCCUCAAAACUUCGGUUUUGUUACAUCAAAGGUAGCUUGUUGUGGUCAAGGACGUUUCAAUGGAGUGGGACUAUGCACUCCCUUAUCAAGCCUAUGUCCAAAUCGUGAUGUGUAUGCAUUUUGGGACUCUUUUCAUCCAACUCAACGUGCUUUGGGAUUUAUCGUUGAAGCUAUCUUUAAUGGAACCUCUGAUUUAAUGAGCCCUAUGAACCUCAGCACCAUAUUGGCCAUGGAUAACAACAUCUAA